GGGCUGCGGCUGUCACAGAAAGAGGCAAGCGUAGUUACCUUAGUCAUACAGCAACCUCCCCUCUGAAAAUAUUGCAAACAUAUUUUGAAAGGUAACUUGAAUUGGUAUCAGAGACAGGAAUUUGGGUGGAGUGCAGAGUGAGAUGAAAUGACAACGUCAACAUUACAGAAAGCGAUAGAUCUUGUUACCAAAGCCACAGAGGAGGAUAAGAACAAGAACUAUGAGGAGGCUUUGCGCCUUUACCAGCAUGCAGUGGAGUACUUCCUGCAUGCUAUCAAGUAUGAUGCACACAGUGACAAGGCAAAGGAGAGCAUACGUGGGAAGUGUAUGCAGUACCUAGACCGGGCCGAGAAACUCAAAGAUUACUUGAAGAACAAAGAAAAAGCAGGGAAGAAGCCUGUCAAGGAAGCACAGAGUAAUGAUAAGAGUGACAGUGACAGCGAGGGUGAAAAUCCAGAGAGAAAGAAACUGCAAGAGCAACUAAUGGGUGCCAUUGUAAUGGAAAAGCCCAAUGUCCGGUGGAACGAUGUGGCUGGACUAGAGGGAGCUAAGGAGGCCUUGAAGGAAGCCGUAAUCCUGCCCAUUAAAUUCCCUCACCUCUUCACAGGCAAACGCACUCCAUGGAGAGGGAUUCUUCUCUUUGGACCCCCUGGGACGGGAAAGUCUUACCUGGCCAAAGCAGUAGCCACAGAAGCCAACAACUCCACCUUCUUCUCUGUGUCAUCAUCAGACCUCAUGUCCAAGUGGCUUGGAGAGAGUGAGAAACUGGUGAAGAACCUGUUUGAUCUUGCCCGCCAGCACAAGCCCUCCAUCAUCUUUAUUGAUGAGGUGGACUCACUCUGUGGCUCCAGGAAUGAGAAUGAGAGUGAGGCAGCCCGGCGGAUCAAGACAGAGUUCCUGGUGCAGAUGCAAGGUGUGGGCAACAACAAUGAUGGAAUCCUUACCCUUGGGGCCACUAACAUUCCCUGGGUUCUGGAUGCUGCCAUCCGCAGAAGGUUUGAGAAGCGUAUCUACAUCCCUCUCCCAGAGGAGCCUGCUAGGUCCCAGAUGUUCCGUCUGCACCUGGGCAACACACCCCACAGCCUGAGUGACGCAGACCUUCGUCAGCUUGCCAAAAAAACAGAAGGCUACUCUGGGGCUGACAUCAGCAUCAUUGUACGAGAUGCACUCAUGCAGCCUGUCAGGAAAGUGCAGUCAGCCACACACUUCAAAAAGGUGCGAGGGGCAUCCCGUGCCAACAGUCAAUUGAUGGUGGAUGACCUUCUGACCCCGUGUUCGCCUGGGGACCCGGCUGCCAUAGAGAUGACCUGGAUGGAAGUGCCUAGCGACAAGCUGCUGGAGCCCAUCGUCUGCAUGUCUGACAUGCUGCGGUCCCUGUCCACCACGCGCCCCACAGUCAACACGGAGGACUUGUUCAAGGUCAGGAAGUUCACAGAGGACUUUGGACAGGAGGGUUGAGAGAGCCUUGUCAUCUGGAGCUUAACAACUCCUUACCCUGUGUGGUGGAAAUUAAAUAUUAAUUACAUACUAUACUGUUUAAUUAGACAUACUAUGCUGUUUUACCUAGAGAUUUGUCUAUUGUUAUAUGUUAGUAUUUUUACUGAUACAGACUUGUCUUGUGUGACUUAGUGGGAAAGUGCAGGGAGGAACAGAGAGUGGUGGCGAUAUCAGCUAUCUUGAUCUACACAGACGAGCUAAAUUACAUUUUAUAUCUCUGUUCCCCGGGCCUGUUUGUGCACAUCUGCUAAACUGCCACAUAGACAAAAUAGGUUGUACUUUUUCUAUGAGAGGAGAGAUACAACUCUGUUCAUUGCGCUUUCCUAACGAUGCACUGAUUGAGUGGUUGUUAUUGAUUGCUUCAUUUUGGCUAAUCUUAUAAUGAAGUUGAAGAAUACAGUCUCUCUCCUUUUGGUUAGAAUUACCACCACACCUGCCACUUCUUCUCUCAAGCCCCAUGCAUGAUGGAGCAUUUUAACUUCAUGUACAGUAUAUUCUUUCCCUCCGAUCAUUCACUAUUGCAGUCCUGAAGACAAAAAGACUAUUUAUUUCUCUGCCAUUUUGCACUUUUUAAGUUAUUUGAAGUUAAUAAUUAUGAACGAGAGGUAUUGAAGCACUUUUGAACAAUUACAUAUUUCAUUGUUUUCUUGUCUCUCGUGUGUAAGUGCAUACAUGUCUUUUAUUCAAUGUGUCAGACUUAAUGUAUGUCUUUUAUGUGUAUGAUUUCUCUGUUUGCUUUUUCAUUUAUUGAGUAUUGACUGACCGUAGCUGCUCCAGUGUUGCCACCUCUCCCAAUCCCCACUAGAGCUGUCCCUAUGUUACAAAUAGUGUUACUUACACUAUUUAUAAUUAUUUAUUUUAUUAUAUUUCAUCUCGUCAAGAUUUUUGUGUUGACCGACUGAGUACAGUUGUUGAGUGGGGGAGGCGUUUACAUUUUAGUAUUUCUCUGGGGACGAGCAUUUUUGUAUUUCUGGAUUUGAACGUUGAAAAUAAUAUUUCCACGACAGACACUAUCAUAUCGUUCCAAUACUGUUGUCAUAAUAGUAUUGCCGUGUCUCUGUGUAGAUGGGGGUAUCGGUUCAGUAAUACUUAAGUCAGUUCUGGUCCCAAGGGGAUCUCACUCCUGUUACAUGUAGCUAUGAUAACCAAGUUACCCUGACUUAAUAAAUCCUGAAUUCAAAAAGAA